AUGAUCGAUGACACUAAGGUUGCUGGUCUGCUAAGCGACCUGCAGAAGCUAGACGAAGCUGGACGCGACCGCAUACUAGAUCUCUUGUCUCUCGAAGUCAUGAAGGAUGUUCUCAAAGCUUCCCUUCGUCAGAGCGAAAGACGUGGAGACAGUACUAUGCCGCCAAAUCCACCUGUGACCAAAGAUAUGAGCGAGGUAGUCCAUAGACAGGACGAAAGACCGACAAAGCAAGCCGGGCAAACCACUGUUCUUAAAUACCACAAACGACCUAGAAUUGAAGAAGACACACGAGGUCAAGCGAUUGUGGAAAGAGAAGUUAUUGAAAUUGAGACGGACGAAGACGAUGCCACGAACAGCCUGAUCAUUCGACGGUCAUCUCGAUUGAAAGAGUGCGUUCGGCGAAUGGAGAUGAUCACCGAUAGCGAGGCCGAGCUCAUGCGCCGUUUCAAAGACAUGUGGUCAAUGAAUGAGCAUACGAUUACUCAGUACACCACCUAUACCCACAACUUGCAAAAGUAUACAACUAGCUGUGUAUGCAUUCACAGUAUGCUUCUCGCAAAAGAUCCAACUUUCACUCGAGGUGGGAGACUGUAUAAGUCCGCAGACGACAGGUGCAUCGAUGCUGGCUAUCCGUGUGCCAGCUUCAGGUGGGAUGGAAGGCAGCGCCGAUAUUUCAUACAACUGGCACCUCUACCUCAAGUUUUACCGAAGGGAAAGUCUCACGAGGAGCUUGGGUAUUGGGUUCUUUGA